AUGAAGGAAUCGUUUGAUGUUGGUACCACAGCACCAAGACGCCCAAUAGAAUACUUAUAUAUGCUUUAUUUCAUAACACAUAUACCCAUAACAAUUAUUCUGGAUACCCAACCGGUUUUACCACGAUGGAUAUUUCCAAAACCAUGUGUAGAUUUGUUAAAAUGGUAUACUAAAGUUACACCUGAUCCAUUAAUGGGUGAUCCUAAACCAUGGUUUAUAGCUUUCUGUUUCUGUGAAAUAACUAUACAGUUACCAUGUUUCUUUAUUGGGGUUUAUGUAUUCUAUAAAGGUGUCGAGAAAAACAAAUGGUGCCGAAUUCCUUUAAUGUUAUAUGGUUGUCAUACAGCCACUACCGUAUGGUCUAUUGCUUUUGAAAUUUUGUUUGCUGAUUUUAGUACUUACAAUAAUCCAGGACCAGAAACAAUGUCUGACCGCUUAGUAUUACUAGCUAUUUAUAGUCCUUAUUUAUUAAUACCAUUUUUAUUAGUAUUUGAUACAGUAUUUAGUAAAAUUUACCAACCUAAUAAUAGUAUAGCUAAUAACAAGUCCAAAGUCCAGUGA